GCGGGGCGGUUCCGGGGCAGGGGAUCGGCCGGGAAUGAGCUCGGAGCGGGGGAACGUGUCCCGCACGCGGCCCCAGCGCCACCAGAACGCCCACGCCUUUAGGAACGACAAGUACGACACGAGCACCCGGCUCAAGAAAAUAAAUGCUAAGCUUCAUGAUGGUGUAUGUCAGCAUUGCAAAGGUAUCUUGGAGUGGCGAGUAAAAUUCAGCAAGUACAAACUACUAUCAAAACCUAAAAAAUGUGUGAAGUGCCUCCAGAAGACUGUAAAAGAUCCUUAUCAUAUUAUUUGUCGGCCAUGUGCUAGUAAACUAGAAAUUUGUGCAAAAUGUGGAAAAGAAGAGGAAAUAGUAAUUCCGAUUGACAAAGGACAAGGCAGAACUGAGAGGGAGACUACUAAAACCAGCCAAGAGAGCAGUGGAUUGGAGGAUGAGCUGGAUUUUGAUACAAACUUCAGUAGUACAGAUAGUGAUGAAGAUUCCGAUGUGCUUAAAGAACGAUUUAAAAGUAUGAAAUUCUGAAGGACAGAGAUCUAAAAGGUUGAGUUUGUAUGAGAAACUAUAUGCGAUCAAAAGUGGUAAACCACUUUUAAACUGCUCUGAAAACCUGAUUUGACAUCUAAGGUCUUUACAUGUAAAUGUUGGCACUCUGUACUAUGAUGUUUUUGGGGGAUUUGUAUAAAUAAAUAUUUUUUUGUAUUAA